AUGGCGAAUAACUCUUCUAGUGUCAUGAUUCCUACUACUACUAUACCCGAUGUUUGCUUUUUGUCCGUACCAGAGUUUGACCCUCAUAACAUGAACCGUCCAGAUUCAGUUCACCCGACUUGGACUUUUCUUGCUACUGUCAAUGGUCUUGCUGCCCUACCGACAAUCGUCGUUAACGCCCUUGUCAUAUGGGCUGUGGUUGGGAAUGAGAAUCUUCGAUCCUCUGCUUUCAACCUUGUACUUGCCUCUUUGGCAGUGACUGAUUUGUUGACAGGAUUGCUGGUCGAACCAAUGUAUUGUCUCUUUCUUGGAUGUCUUGUGAACACUUGUCUAAUACCUGACUGUACAUUCACUGCGUAUCUUUUGUCGGUGUAUGUUUGCGCUGGUAUGACAAUCGUCAGUUUUUCAAUCGCGAGUGUUGAGCGGUACUUAGCCAUAGAACACCCAAACUUUUAUCUCCAGAACAUUACAGGAAAAAAACUUGGUAUAACUACGGUAAUUUCCUGGAUAAUAACGGUGGGAUUUUUGUUCAGUAUUGGCUCUUUACUGAAUCAAAGCAAUCCUAAUUUAUCCAAAGUUCCAGCAGCUAUAGUCGCGGGUAUUCUAGGAGUGAUAACUUUGUUCUGCUCAACUAAAGUUCAAAUGACAGCUUAUCGUCAAAGUAGAACCAUCGCCCUGCAGCAAGAAUCAGUUCAACAACCCGAYGAACAGCAGCAACAAGAACAACGACUCCAGGAAUACAAGCGAGUGUUCACGAUGUCCAUGUUAGUGGUUUUGUCCAUUCUCUUUUAUUCUCCUUUCAUUAUAAUUACAGUGAUCGAUGCUCUGGACGGUAAAGAUGUGACGAGCGAUUUUGGGUACAUCUCCGCGCCUAUCUCUAUAACAUUUAUACAUCUCCAGUCUCUCAUCAACCCAAUCAUCAUGUCACUGCGUCUGUCCUACAUUCGCCAAGGUAUUAAGAACAAGGUUCAUAGCCUUGUACAAGGAACUGAUUAA